AUGGGCCUCAAAAACCCGACCCAAAGUCCAAACUCCCGUACCUUGCAGUCACUGUGCUCAAUCCCGCCAGUCCGAGACAUCGUCUUCUAAAACCCUAACAACAGCUUUUGAUUUCUGGAGAAACCUCUCUGAAAAAAAGGUGCAAUCAUGUACGGAGGUGAUGAAGUGUCAGCUAUAGUGAUUGACCUGGGCUCCCACACUUGCAAAGCUGGUUACGCUGGCGAGGAUGCACCUAAGGCCGUCUUUCCUUCGGUUGUUGGAUCAAUUGAUCAAAUGGAUAUUGAUGACACUGCUAAUAAUGAGAAGAGCUCUUCCGUAGAUUCUAAGAACAAUAUCAAAGAUUCUGAAAAAGGCAAGGGCAAACGCAAAUUAUAUGUAGGAUCUCAAGCUGUAGGAUUUCGUCGGGACUAUAUGGAGGUUCUGUCACCCAUAAAAGAUGGAGUUGUUGUUGACUGGGAUAUUGUGGAUAGCAUUUGGGACCAUGCUUUAAGGGAAUGUCUAUUGGUUGAUCCUAAGGAGCAUCCAAUGCUGCUUGCAGAACCUUCAUCCAACGCUCAACAGCAGAGAGAAAGGACAGCGGAGCUUAUGUUUGAAAAGUACAAUGUUCCAGCAUUAUUUUUGGCCAAGAAUGCUGUUCUCACAUCUUUUGCGUCAGGACGUCCAACCUCUCUAGUUGUUGACAGUGGUGGAGGAUCAACUACAGUUGCUCCUGUGCAUGAUGGUUAUGUUCUUCAAAAGGCAGUGGUUUCUUCUCCUGUAGGAGGAGAGUUUCUUACUGAUUGCUUGAUGAAAAGCUUAAAGAGCAAAGGUAUCACAAUAAAACCCAGGCACUCCUUUAAGAGAAAGGAAAUCAGGCCAGGCGAGUUUCAGAUUGUGGAUCUUGAUAUUCCAAAUACAAGUGAAAGCUACAGACUUUACUCUCAGAGGGUCAUUGCAAGUGAUAUCAAGGACUGUGUGUGUCGAGCCCCGGACACAACUUAUGAUGAAAGUGCAUACUCAAAUAUUCCAAUGACUCCGUAUGAGCUCCCUGAUGGCCAGACAAUUGAAAUAGGAGCUGAUAGAUUCAAGAUUCCAGAUGUUCUAUUCAAUCCGUCCUUGGCUCAGACAAUUCCUGGUAUGGAGAGUUUUGCAGAGAUUGCUCCUAAUGUUCGUGGUUUGCCACAAAUGGUGAUAGAGAGCAUUAAUAGAUGUGAUGUGGAUAUUCGAAGGGAACUUUUUAGCAGUAUACUGCUUGCUGGUGGCACAGCAUCAAUGCAACAGUUGAAGGAACGUCUUGAGAAAGACUUGCUUGAGGAGUCUCCUCAAGCUGCUAGAGUUAAAGUGCUGGCCAGUGGAAAUGCAACAGAAAGGAGAUUCAGUGUAUGGAUAGGCGGGAGUAUAUUGGCAUCUCUUGGUUCGUUCCAGCAGAUGUGGUUCUCCAAGUCCGAGUAUGAAGAGCAUGGGGCUUCUUAUGUACAAAGAAAAUGCCCUUGAUACCUUAUUAUGAAGGCACAGAACAUGAGGUUGUACGGUGGAUAAAUUAUGGUCGGGGAAGCUGUCAAAAGAUAUCACCUUUCAUGAACUCCCAUUUUAGCAUCUUAGGUAUGAAAGUAAUAUGUGCCAUGACACCAACCUUUUGGGGCUCAUAUUCACGUUGCUUCUAAUCUGAACUUCUGGCAUGGAACCCAUCAAAAAGCAUCAACUUUACAAUCUGUUAUUGCUUGCUAACUUGAAUUACCUGCUAUCUUGUUCCGUAAUCAAAUGUUUGUCCCUGUAUCUUAGGUUGAUACCCAUUUAAAAUGUAUGAACUGCUGGACAUUUUCAGGAAUAUAUUGUUGGAAUCAUUGACAUCA